AAGAAAAGAAAGAAGAGACUAGUAACAGUAACAGGUGCUCGUCACUGAGAAUUAGAUCUGGUGUGUUUUAUUUGGCUCAACUGGACGUCAGAUAAAACGUCUGCGAGCAUUCAGACGCUAAACUGGCUGAUGCUCUCCAGGAGAGCGAAACAGGCUGCGGUGCGGACAUGUUUACGUUACGGUGUCGGCUCAGUGAGUGGGUUGCACUGUGGUGAGCGCGUUCGACUACCUGUUGCCUCAAGAGCUUCGCAUCCGUGUGCUCAGAAAGUCACCCACUCAUGAUUCUAAUCACGCAUUUGCUAAUAGGCUGUAGGUGAGGAAACACCCACACACAUUUCCUCCAAGUGCCCCGGCACAGCGGAGGCCUGUCCCCGCCAACAUGCCCAGACUGAAAAACACUCAUGGGCGAGGGAGCAGCUGGAGGUUCGCCCCUUUGGAUGCAUCACCUCCCGGGUUGAAGAGGGAGCCGACUGAACACAGCACAAAGAAAAUGCUCGGAGGGGAAAAAGUAAAAUAAAAGAUAGCUGAGUGCUGCUUGUGACUGAGUCAUGUUGGUGUAUGGGUGAGAAUCUCAUGCCGCUGUGGCUCCAAAUGACGUCACCAGCACAAGAUGGCCGCGCUCGUACACGGGACCAUUUGGCUUUGUUUCUGGACUAUGGGAGGAAGUGGAGACGCGACGUCCAUCUUUAUGUAUGUCAACGAUUUUGAUGAUUUUGGAUUAGACGAAAAGGUUAGAGAUCACCAAACUUGUUACAGUUCAUCCUAUGGGGAGCGUGAGCGUUUGUGCCAAAUUUCAUAGCAGUACGUUUCCAGUCUAAACCGCAAAGGGCAGCCUGGUGGUGGUGGUGGUGGUGGUGGUGGCAGUAGAGGUCAGGAUCACCAAAGUCAGGUUCAGUGUUUGGGCACCAUGAAUUUCUGUCAGGACAAAAUGUCACAGCAACCGAUCAAAUAGUCAUAGAGGUAUUUCAGACACACAGUGCAUACCAGCUUUAAUGUUCAUUCCCCCCCGUGUACCUUCUGGUAUGAAUGUUUCAGCACUUGAAAAUCUGUUACGCCCCUUAUGAACAAUUCAUUUCACUAUUUCAGAUUCUGUCUGUUAAUUUGAACAAUACUGAAAUCUUAUUUUGCAGCUACAGAUGAAUGUGAGGCAGAAACUGCAAAUCCCCUUUUUAGCAGCAAAUGCGGGUUCAUUGUUAGCCACGAUGCUCAGUCUUUUCUGAAACGUGAUAUGUCACCAGCCAAGACGUUUUCUUUACUUUGACUCCAGAGAGAGAAACGGACGUCACCUGCCCGAGGGUGAGGAACAGGUGAGGACAGCCGAAAUGAGCUCGCCACAGCCUCAGAGCCACCACCUUAAACUGCAGAAGAUGCCCUGGCAUCUCAGCAGCAGAAGUAAAAUGUGACUCUAAGAUUUAGAAGUCGUUUUAUGUUUCUUGUCAUUGUCAGUUGCCACAUAGUUGACACAUUCAUGUUGUAAUAUUAGCGAUAUCUUAAGGUGUUACUGUUACCAGUUUUAAAUUUUAAAUGAAGUUCAUUCAGGUGUUCAAGUUAAAUCCUGAGAGGUUGUUGCCACACAGGAUUGUCUUCUUUCUCCUUCUCAGUGUGGCUAAAACAUUGAUACAGACAGAACAGAAUUACCGGUAAUAAAGUUUCCAGAGUCAGUUCUUACAGCUUAAGCUUCGUCGUGGAACUUUUUAGCAAACACAAUAGGCAGCCUUUCGCUAAUUAUGUGAGUUCUUAAGAACACUAACUUUCUCUUCUUCGACUGUAGCAAACUGCUGGCACUUCUCCCACGCUUACUUCCUACAACAAAGUCACUAGACUGUGUCAUCCACACAGGUUACCCAUGAAGCCACCUUCCUUAAGCAGAGAUCUGUAUCAGUUCAGGCUUUUGACACUGUAUAUUGGCAAGCUGUCAUUUUUUAAGCAGUUGUCUGGGCUGUAUUUGGCCUACCUAUCACAUUUAUUGACGCACAUUAUCGCAUGGUUUCUGAGAAACUGACGAUAGAAGGUGUAUCAGUUUUGUGUGUGUGUGUCUGUAAAGUUAAGCAUAUGGGAUAUCAUGGUUCAGAAGCGAUUCAUAAAUAGGAGAUUGGUAUGGCCUAACGUGUGCUGCCUCCUGCGCACCACAGUCCUAUCUUAUACCCACAAAUCUAACAUUUCACCCUUUCAUACUGUGUUCAAAUGCAUUUUCUUCUUAUUCAGUUCUGUGUGUUGUACAUUAGGUUUCGGUAACAUCUAAAAUGAUAGGCUGUCAAGAUAAGAGAUCAUAACCUAUUUCUCUGAAAUUUAAAAGGUCUUUUAGAAGCCUGACACGAGAACAGUUACAAAUGAGCCAAUAAUUUUGAUAAAUGGUGAAUCAUUUAGAGUGUUUAUCAAGCAGAAAUUCCAAACAUUCAGUGAUUCAAGCUUCUAAAAUGUUUUUGCUGCCUUUACUGUUUUAUAUAACUGAAUUUAAUUAAGUCUUAGCAGGGAAGGGAAUGAGCAUUUUUAUAAAAUAUUUUUUGACAUUUUUCAGACUAAACAAUUCAUUAAUUAGCAAUCAGUGAAGUUAAUCCAUAAUAAUAAAGAAACGUCUUUACUGAAUACCAAUAUUUUUCUGCCCGUGCAAUCACCAAUGGGUCUGUAAUGUUAGUGUGAGCCACAAGGCGGCGCUGUGGCUGCCGAACAAACCGGUCUGCCUUGGACGAAGAAGAACGACGCAGGAGGCAAGCGGAGGCGACCCUGCAUCCCUGUUGUAGUAUAUUUAGCGUUUUGUUUUACGGUUUUACAUUGAGGACACACUUCGGGUUUCGGUGGUAAUAGAGAGUGUAUUGUUUCUGGAGACCGUCUGCGAGCGGCUGAUGUCUCAGUGAGCCUCGUCGUCUGAUAGGCGAGCCCUCUUGAGGCUAGCUCGGUCUGACGCUCUCCGCACAUCUUGCUAACAUCAAAACAGGUCGACUUGGAAAAAUGAAUCUGGUCAAAAACAAAACUUUGCACCCGCACCUGCGCGACGAGGAGAUAAUCGUGGUGGAAAACGCCAUCCGGCUGGCGAUAGACUCCAUAAUAAACGUCCUGUACGGUGUAAACAGUGCCAGGACCCAUGAGUACCAACGGAUGGUGGCCGACAGGGACAAAGAGAUCCAGCGGCUGGAGUGCAGGCUGAAGGAUAUAGAGCAUCAGCUGCAGGCUCCGCACAGACAGGGACAGGGAUGCACGUCCGGGAUGCUUGAAGAAGCGACCGGCUCCCACAGAUUCAUCGGAGCACAGAGCCCCGGUGGGCCCCAGCAACCAGAGCAGGACGGGUUUGAACCGGGCUGCGCUGACAGAGAGACGACCGCUGGGCAGCACGAGUGUGAAAUGAGUAUAUCUUUGGGCCUUUUUGCGAGACCCCCCUCGCAGGUCUCCUCCAACAGCCACGAGUCGGCUGUUCCGUCAUCCCCCAGCAGGAUGGGUCUGGACCAGAGCUACACCUCGCACUCCUCAGAGUCCUCCGGCGUAUCAGAGGCAGCCAGGAACCUGCCCACAUCUCCCAGCAGCCUCGUCGUCAAAGAGGAGCCGUGCGACAUGGACACAGUCUUCAUCAAAUGGGAAAUGAGUGAAGAGGGAUUCAGGGAGCAUCCGGAGAGCACAAGCAGUCCAUGUCAGAACAAAGAGAGCCCCAGUGAAAAAGGGAAACUGGAGGACAGAGGGGGGAGAAGGAUUGUGGAGAAAGCUCACGCAGACCCGGAUGGACAUCGCAUCACUGAGGGAGAACAUCUGAGGAAUAAGAAGAAGAGCGUGCCGAUGUCCGAGUUGACGGAGGAGGCUCAGAGACUGAAGAGGGCAGCCUGGAGGGCAGCAUCCAGGCGGUAUUACGCCCGAAAAAUAGCCCGCCAGCAGGCAAACCCGCCCUGCCCCGGCCCCUUGCCCCACAUUACGGACUCACAGUACUCGCAGCCCAUCUCUGCGGUGAAUAAGAGAAGGAGGACGCUGAUAUCAGAGUUACCUGAUGAGUCUCAGACGCUGCAGAGGGAGGCGUGGAGAGCCGCGUCCAGGAGGUAUUACGCCCGAAAAACCUCUCACCACCAGACGGAGUCCGCUCAGUACGCACACCUGCUCCAGAACACAGAGCCGUCUGAAGAAACACUGGGGCCUAACAGUGGAGGAAUAAUGUGCAGUUGAUAGACAGCAACACUGCUGAGGUUUUCUCAUUGUGUUAUGCUCUGGUGAACUCUGGACUGUCAGCGUGAAUGUUUGGAGUUUGUUACUGUUGUUGGCUGAUUGGUGCAGGUGAUGUUGAAGAGGUCUUCUGAUCCAAAUGGUCUGAACCUAAUGUUAUGAUUGAAACAAUUGUUUGUGUGUUUAAACUGCCACUUAUGUUCCUAACUAACCCUUCUGAGGACAACACACGUCACCUUGGCUCUAAUUUCUCACUGUUUUUAUUCUCCGUAUUUAUUUGAGUCUUCUUUGGUUUACAGCCUUGCAUGCCUGUACAAAAUGCUAACUGCAAAUGAAGACUGAAUAAAUGUAUUCCCAGGCAAUAUAAA